AUGGGAUGUGACUUAUUUGAAGUUGACAACGGCGUAUGCACCAUCUAUGGGGCCGCUGUGCCCCCCUCGCUACGUACGCACCGCUACGAGGCCCUCGGAGGACAUGGCAGCUUCGAACGCGCGCGGGGCAAGACAGCGACGUCGUCGUCAUAUUAUGACCCCCUCAACUCAACGAGAGCCGUCGACGGGGAUAACACGACUGUGUUUCACUCGCUGGACACCUACAGUAUCGACCAACCUUGGCUUCUGAUCGACUUGAUAAGUUGCGUGCGAGUUGAAAAAAUCAGAGUGCUACCUUACACUCUGUUGCCAAAUCAAGUGGAACGCUUCGUGGAUAUUCAGUUCCUGGGCGGCGUGAACCCUCCUCCUAGCCCUGGAGACUUCAGUGCGUACACAGUGCUGGCUUACUACGCAGGUCCUCCAGCACUAGGUAGUCUGCAGUGGAUAGAAUUCAACCUAGCGUCGCCCGUCUGCUCCCGCUACGUGGCUGUCAACAAACGUGCGCAGCAUCCGUAUCCAUUCUACCUGUUGGUGAUUGUAGAGUUAGAGAUCUGGACUUCGUACUAA